AUGGAGGUGAAUUUACUCGAAGAAGAUCGCCUAAAAGACUAUGCUAUAUGGAGUGCUCGAAGGACAAAAAUCGCUCUGGCAGUUGCCCUGAUAAGAUCAUGCCCACCAGCUGUAGACGUUGAAGAUUAUGUGGUUGAGUUAGGCCUUAAGAAAAGAAAUAAAAUCAAGAAUUUAGGACAAGAACUAUCUAAUAGUAAAGAUGAAUUGUUUAAUUUGAAUCAAGCCUUUAUAAAUCAAUUAUCUUUAAACUUUGGAGCAAAGACCAACAACACUGAUGUGAAUUGUACUAAGAAAAGAAGAGCUAGAAAGAGAAAAGUUGAUGUUACACCCAUUAAGCAAGAACUGGAGGCCGUUAAUGAUGGUACUAUUUCUGUCAUCCAUAAUAACACCAACAACAACAACUCAUCCAACAACAACAACAACAGUAAUAAUUUAAAUUCAGAAAAUGUAGAAUUUGUAACAAAUUUUUUGAUCUUGAAAAAUGAGAUAGAGAACAUAGAAAACAUAAGAAACCUUUACAUGAAUAAUGAUAUAUCUAUUCCAAAUAGAAAUAAUAUGGGUACUACUACUACUAAUAAAAAUAACAACAACAAUAAUAAUAAUAAUAAUUUCACUAAUAAUAAAUUAAUGGCCCAUUCUGCCAUCAAAUCCAUCUUGAGACACUUGUUCAAAAUCAAUCAUAAACAUAACAAAAGCUUUACCUUUAAUAAUAAUAAUAAUAACAGUAAUAAUAAAAGUUUCAGUUUAAACAGUGCCCCACGCAGAAAUAUAAAUUUGACAAAUACUAAUGUGGCAAUGCUUAGCGAAGCUGCUUUCGAAGUUAUUGUCGAGGCAAUCUCUCUCUUUACGUCAUCCUCAUCUUCUUCUUCCUCAUCCUCAUCUUCUGCUUCACUAUCAUCACUAAUUUUGGACAUGACACAACAUUUAGAGUCAUUUUUUUGGGAAUUUAUCAACAGACCAUCUUUAUCUCUAACAGAACAAGAAGCCAAAGAUCUAAGGACUAGACUCUUGACUUUAGCUAAAUGUAACAAACUCAUUCAAGUCUCUCUAUGCAAAGUACUAAUUAGUGCCAUCUCUAAAGUUUCACAAUGUCUGAGAAGGAAUUUGGCUAGAGAUUUUGAUAUCUAUGCUCCAUCAGCAUCCUCUUCCUCAUCAUCAUCCUUAUCGAAUGAAGUGAACGUCUACUGCAUACUCAACAAUUCGUCAAUAAUAUUCCAGUACCUAAGAGAUGUUAUAGACCUCAAGAUUAAUAUAUCUGAUAUGAAAAAUGUACGUGAAGAAGUUGAAACUGAACAGCAGGCAAUGUUGUCAUAUUUGAUGCAAAAUAGCAGAGAGCUUAUUGAUCAGGCUAUGUUGCAUUUGAUUAGUGUCUUCCCUUUUUAUGCCUUCAUGGUUUGGGAGGUAGGUAGCGCUUUAAAUACGUUGACCAUUUGA